UACGAGAUUGUUUUCAAAAAGUUGGCCGCCAUAUUUUUGCGCUCACGUUCCUCCAGUUUCCCAAGCAAAGUAAUUUCCUCGGGUCUGAGACGAGAGUCCGGCUUGUGUUCCUCUCCCGGCACGAUAUGGCCGAACCAGGAGUAUCGGAAGUCGUCGAUCUUUUGGCGAAGACUAAAGUAGAACAAGUGAACGAGGUCAGCUUUAAAGGCCGAGGACUGAAACUGGACAAAGCAGAAGAUGCUGCUGAAAUAGUGAAGGCAGUAUUAGAAGCUGUAGACCUGCAGGCACUGCGGUUAGAAGGGAACACAGUGGGUGUGGAGGCCGCCAAAGCUAUCGCUGCUGCUCUGGAGAAACAUCCCGAAUUCGAGAGAGCGCUGUGGAGCGACAUGUUCACUGGGAGACUGCGGUCAGAGAUCCCACCCUCACUGGAAAGUCUUGGUGGAGCAGUCAUCACAGCAAAUGCCCAUCUUGUGGAGCUGGACCUGAGUGACAAUGCCUUUGGUCCUGAUGGGGUCAAGGCCUGCCGUGGACUGCUGACCAGCAAGGCCGUGUACACACUGGAAGUACUGAAACUCAACAACAAUGGUCUUGGUGUGGGAGGGGGGCAGAUAUUGUCCGAAGCGCUGAUAGAGUGUCACACAGCCAGUAGCACAGAGGGAAAACCACUGGCACUGAAGGUGUUCAUCUCUGGGAGAAAUAGGCUGGAAAACCCUGGAGCAAAGGCUCUGUCCAAGGCUUUCAAGGUCAUAGGAACUCUGGAAGAAGUGUCCAUGCCUCAGAACGGGAUCCAACACCUAGGUAUCACAGCCCUGGCCGAGGCCUUCUCCGAGAACAAGAACCUCAGGGUGGUGAACUUGAAUGACAACAUCUUCACGGAGAAAGGUGCAGAAUCCAUGGCCAAGGUGAGAGCCAGCUGCAAGUUUCUCCUUGAUUAUCAUUACUUGUUAGAGAGAUCUCUGGGUAUGCACUACAGUUCAGGUUUACAGGAGUGCACCAUACUGGGGGGAUGA